CAGGGAUUGGCCAGAGGAGGCCGUGAACUUGCAUGCUGAGCGGGCUGUGUGUUUACUUCACAAUACAUGAGUUUACAACAUAAAUGUAUCCUACUUUUAUCAAUACAUUAAUUUGGUGUUGAAUAUCCACUAUAAAGUGAUCUGGGGUGUGUCGGGUUGUAUGUGGAGAGCUGCGGACCUGUUUGAGGACACACAUCUCUGUGGUUGCUUCCUGUGUGACAGCUGACUGUGUGACAUCGUCAUCAUGCAAGCCCCGCCCUCCAAAAGGCAGCGAGGGGAGCAGAGUGCGGUGGAAUGCUUUGGAGACGACGAGGACUUCACCCAGGAUGACCUGGACGAGAUAGACGUCAUCUCCUCUCAGGCCGUCAGACCACUCCCAUUGGCCGGACCCAUAGCCAAUCACAGCCGAGGAAACCCUGCUGGGAGGCCUGGCGCAGAAGACCCAGGAGACUACAAGAGCUUGCUGGAGACUCAACGGUCAGAACUCAGAGAGAAGCUGAAGGAGGUGGAGGAGCAGGUGUUGAUGAAGGAGGGGGAGAUCAGGCUGCUGAGGGACUCCCUCAGAGGAGUCCAGCAGGAGAAGGAUGUUCAGAGGGAGCAGCGCCUCCUGCUGGAGAGGCAGAAGCACAAGGAGCAGCAGGAGAAGGAGAAGGAGCUGUUGAAGAAGAUCCAGUCCCUCCAGGCUGAGCUCCACUUCAAGGAGGCUGAGAUCAACGAGACGAGGAGUAAACUGGUGAAGAACUCCUCCCCUCUGGCCAGGAACAGUCCCAGAGCGCACGCCUCUCCGGCCCUGGUGCAUCAUGGGAACAGUAGUCCAUCUCCAGCAGGAAAUAGUUUCAUCACCAAGGAGACGUUUGCUGCCCAGCUCCCCGCUAAGACCCCCCCCACCGGACCAGAUGGUACAACCCUGACCGGGGAUCCAACAGCCCCUGCCAGACAAGAUGGUGUAGGACUCCUCAGCCUCCUGCUGCAGCCCUACCUGUCUCCGAGCUCCCUGUCGCUCUGCCACCUCCUGAUGGGCCCCCCUCACAGACCAGACCAGCGGGUCCUGGAGGAGAACGCCGACCGCUUCAGUCUCCUCCAGAGCCUGGCCAUGACUGGACUCAACAUGAUGACCCACAAACCGGCCCCCCCCAGGGCCAGGUCCCACAAACGGUGGUGCCCAGGAGCCUUGCACCUCCUCCCGCUGCUCCACCACCACCUGAAGGAGCUGUGUGACUCCCUGGGCCGCCGAGGAGGAGCGGGAGCGGCAGGCGGCGGGGAGGAGGCGGGAUGGAGCGGGGAGGAGAGAGGCCUGGCCGCCCUCAGGCUCCUCGACCUCCUGCUGGCGCACAGUGAUGAGGUGGUGGAGAGGUUGCUGCAGCCGGAGACCGAGGUGGAGCCAGAGCAGACCAGACCAGAUCCUGGUCCUGGUCCUGGUCCGGGUCCUGGUCCUGGUCCUGGUCCUGGUCUGGGUCCUGGUCCUGGUCCGGGUCUGGUGGUCCAGAUGCUGCAGCUGUGUGACCCCGAGUUCUGCUCCCCGGCGGAGCGGAGGGAGCUGCUGGUCCACACGGCGCUGAGGAGCCUCAGGGGGCUGGUGGAGAGGACGCCAGAGGGCCUCGCACACAGGCUGCAGGGUGUGUGUUGGUUGCAGGCUGUGAGUGUGUGUGUCUCAGCAGGGGGGGGCUUCCAGGUGGUGUCAGAGUGUGUGAGUCUCCUCCGCUGCGUGGCGGACCACCAGCUGCUGGCCGCACAACUCUGCUCUACACACGAUUCCUGUGUGUUUCUAAGGUUGUUCAACUACAUCAGAACCAGGCCAGAACCACGGACCAUAGACUGGACCCUACUGGACCUGCAGGUGAUUCGGCUGCUGAGCAGACUGCUGACCCAGACAGAGUCCAGCUGGUCCUCACAAACGACACACUGUCCCUGUUAUACUGAGGUGGUGCAGACAGUGGUGGUGGUGGUGCAUCGCCAGUGGUUGGAGCUCCGAGACCGACAGACGGCUCCUCCAGUGUCGGUGGGCGGGCCUCAGUGGGCCGUCCUCCGGGAGGCGCUGCUGCUGCUGCACUGGCUUCUGGGUAAUCACGGCGGGUUCUCGGAGGGCUGCGGCGCCGUGCUGCACAUGUACGACCAACUGGUCCCGGCCCUGAGGCACGCCCUGAGGACCGGCCCCACACACCUGUCCUACAGCGAAGAGCUAGCGUUAGAGGAGGUCUGUCGCUCUGAGGCCGAAGACGCGGACGAUGUGACCCCUGAGUCGGGACUCUGAUCGGCUGCCUGACUGACUGCUGAUCAGAACGGUCCACUGGGUGGUCUCUGAUGACCUUGUGGAGGACUCCCCAUCACAAGUUGCCGUGGCGACAGACUCUUGGCUGUAAUCUUGGACACUUUGACUUUAAUUGUGACUGUUGUAUCUGUAUGUGUCUGUUGUAAUGUUAUGAUUUAAGAUUUCUGAGUAAAAUCUUCCAUGAAAUGAAGA